AUGGCGGAUAUCGAUGAUGAGCUCCUGGCCUUGGCCGGUUCCGAUGAGGAUGAGUCAGGAGACGAGAGUAGGGAGGCGUCCUUGUCCCCCGAGCCCGCGGAUAGGUCCGGGUCAGAGAGAGGUUCGGGAAGGAGGACGUCAGGCUCGAGAGGCGCGAAACGUGCAAGAAGGCGCGAUGAUUCUGAUGAUGAGGAUGGAGGGGACGUGGAGGAGGGCGAAGCAUCUUCGGCGCCUUCGUCACCUAGCUCGUUGAAGUCCGCGCCGAUGGAUGAAUCCGAUUCUGACGCCGAGCCUCAACGAGAUGAUGGUGCCAACGAUGACCUGGAAGAGAAAUACCCUGUCGAAGGUCUCUAUGUCAGUCUGGCAGAGAAGAACGAAAUUUCGAAGAUGAGAGAAGUCGAGCGUGAGACCAUUCUAGCCGAGCGUCGUGAGGAGAACCAGCGAUUUAAGCAAAACCGCAUGCUUCGCCAACUCGUCUCUGCGGCUGAGGAAAAGGAGAAGGAGCAGCAACGCCGGAAGCGUUCUGCGGAUGAUGCCGACCUCGAGGAUCAGCGCAAGCCUACGCGGCAGCGCACCAGGAUCGAUGGAACACGAGUAGGCGAGACAAGCGCUGGCAUCGAUACGCUUCGUCGUGCCCGGGCUGAGAAGCAUGACCGCAUCCGUCGCCGCGAGGAGGACCGAGAACGCCAGAGGGAAAAGCCUACGCCCACGAGGUCAGCGCGAGACCGUGAUUACGGCGACUACAAUGAUGAGGAAGACGAGCGCGAGGAUCGGCGCCGAAGCCUCGAGCGCGAAACCCGCAACGUCGAACCCCAGCUUAUCGAUUUCGAGCGUCUGCGAAUUAGCAGGAGCAAUUUCGCUGAAGUCUGCUUCAAGCCAGGAUUCGAAAAGGCACUCACAGACUGCUACGUUCGCGUUCUUGGAAAGCCGCAAGGCAACCAACAGCAGUACCAUAUGGUCUGCAUCAAGGGAUUUACUACCGGAAGGGCCUACGCCAUGCAAGAUGUUUCGGGUAGGAAGCAGUUUGUUACAGAUCAGCAUGUACUCGCUGGUAUUGGAUCCAAGACAGAACCCUAUCCUUUCCUCGCCAUGUCAAGUGGAAAGUUUACCGAGGAUGAGCUUGCGCGGUAUACCAAGGUCAUGCGCGAUCGUGGUCUCACAUUCCCCAAAAAGUCAACCUUGGACAAGAAACUCGAUGAGCUGCGUGAGUUGGUUUCUUACCGACUUACAAACGACGAGAUCACUGCCAUGGUUGACAAGAAAAACCUUCUCCGCAAGAAAUACGACCCCGAGAUGCGUGAGAAGUUAGUCCGAGCCCUGGAGGAAGCAAAGGCGGCGAACAAUACCAUCCUCGCGAGCCAGCUCCAGGCGGAUCUCGAAAGCCUUGGAAAACCUGCGGGUCUGGCCUUUAGGACCUCGCUCACCCCGCAGAACAACGGCCGGUCGUCUGAGCAGCAAGAUAGGCUCGCGAAGCUCAACGCGGAUAUCCGCCGCCAGAACAACGCAGAGGUCAGGAAGGCUCAGCUCCAAGAGAGACAGAGAGUGCGCGAAAUCGAGCAGAAGUUGGCGCGUGGCGAGGAGGUGCAGGCUGAUAUGUCGAGGCGGCUUCGGACGCGCGCCAAGUUCGUCCACGACUUUGAGGAGACCCUUCCCAAGUCCGGAUCGAAGCCUAAUAGCGGCGCGAGCACGCCUAGCAAGGGGGCUACGCAGAAGCAGAUUCUUCCGCAGAUUGCGAAGUUGCAGGAGCAGAAGUAUGCUGAGAAUAAGGGUAUCCCGACGGUGCAUAAGCCGCUUAUGGAUGAUGAUAUUAUUGCGUCGCUCGAUCUCGACAUUGAUGUUGAGAUUGAGUAG